AUGUUCUAUGCUAAUCCAUUGGUCACGCAGUACAAGAACUUCUGGUUAGACCCGAAUGCUGCUCCAUUGCCAUGGGUCAGCCUUCUCUUCAGUAUAUUGUCCAUCGGAGUGUUUCUGUCCUUACGCGCUGGGGACACCUUAACAGGUCUGCCGAGUGACCCAAUGUCAACAAUGGCCAAUUAUCAUCAGCGAUCAACCGAGUGCCUCCUGCUUUCUUACUAUUGGAAACCAAAGCCCUACACUAUAGAAUCUCUACUCAUGAACCUCCAAAGCGAGUUUAUUCGAAGUCAAGACUCCGAGCUUGGUGUGUGGGCUCUAGCUGGUACAGUAACCCGGUUAGCCAUGAGCAUGGGAUACCAUCGUGAUCCAGCACAGUAUCCCCAAAUUUCCUGCUUCCAUGGCGAGAUGAGGCGUCGAGUCUGGGCGGGCAUUGUUCAACUUGACAUAUUCUUUUCCUUUCAGCUGGGCCUGCCACGGAUGAUUGCCAUGGACCAAUGUGACACGCUGCCUCCCAGAAACCUUCUAGACAGCGACUUCAGCAUAGAUACCAAGGAAUUGCCGCAAUCUCGACCGGAUACGGACUACACUCCAGCCGCCUACACGAGAGCAAAAGGACGACUCUUAGCUGUUUUCGCUGACAUUGCGGAUAAAUCUUCUUCGGUUCAACCUCGAGAGUAUCGCCAAUACUUAGAAUUUGACCAACGGCUCAAUGAAGCAUAUGCAGCAAUCCCGGAACAUCUUCAAAUCAAACACGCAGAAGAGUACGUGGCGGCUUCUGCGGCGAUCCUUGUUCGACGGCACCUCCUUGAGCUCCUAUAUCAAAAGUCGAGGUGUAUAUUACACCGUGAGUAUAUGAUUAAAGCCGCACACGAUAGUACAGUUAUGUAUUCGAGGUCAGCUUGCGUCGAUGCCGCGAUGACACUCCUGGGAGAGCAAAUGACCAUCCACCAACAAAUCCAGAAAGGUUGUGUGCUCUCAAGAGAGCGCUGGUUCCUGAACUCCUUGCACCAUACUGAUUUCAUCCUUGCGGCGAUGAUCGUGUGCUUGGAGCUCAAUUUUCGACUAGAGGGUGGACCUCGCCAGCCGCGGCUUGUUGAUGAGCUCGGCCGUGCUAAAUACGAGAACCAGACACUGAUACAAGCACUUCACAGCUCGUAUGACAUCUGGAAUGAGUGGAAGGUUCUGUCAAAGGUCCCUACUCAGGCCGCUCGGAUCUUGUCCAUUAUGCUGCGCAAAGCGGACUCUGAGCAUUUGCCCAAACCCACACAGACCUUUGCCGGAGUUGACUUAGAGAGACAGAAAGGUCCCCAGCUAGGCAAGUCUACGGCCCUAGCUCUAUAG